UCUUCUAGCACACCGAAAAAAAUUAUUUCCUUACGCCCCGCCUUCUGUGGGUAGGAAUGCCACCGGGUUCUUCCACCGCCAUUAGCAUUUAGCGGUCUCAGCCGCUGGGAUUACAUGAACCGUUUUAGAUUCGGAACAAUCGCGCAGGAGGGGUUUCACGUUAGACGUAUGCACAGUCCUCGGAGCGAAAUCUAUGAGGAGAUAUCUGGCGGCGACGACGGUGCGGUGGCAACGGACAGAGAGUAGAUGCCCUACCGGUGGGAUCGUGGUUGGGGCGGUGUGGUGCUCCUGGUCUGCUUUGUCUUGUUCCCGGCGCUCGCGCUGGUGGUUCGUUGGAAAUGGAGGCUCGCGGAGGCAAGGCGGGCGGAGAACAUUCGCCUUAUGAGGCUCGCAACUGCCGAGGCAGAGAGGGCCGAGAGGGAGGAUGCUGCAUUUCCCUCUGCGUCGGACGUGCCAGCCUUGGUUGUGAUCGGAGGGGGAACUGGGAUGUCGAACUGUGCCGUUUGUCAUAGACCCACUACCACCCGUUGCGCAAGUUGCAAGAUAAAACAAGUUGAGCUUCAGGCAGUCUUGUCUCAAGGUGCAUAUAUGCUUCUGUAUGCCCGAUGCUCUCCGCGUGCCCCGAGUCUGCUUAAGAAAAAAAUAGCAAAUGUGAACAGAGUAAAGCAGAAUGGUGAUUCUCGUUACUCCAAGGCAAGAUCCUUCUCCAAGUCUUCACACCCAGGCAGAAAUCAGGCUUUCCGUUCUUAUGAUCCAAAGCUUGCUCUGCAUGAUCUGUUUGAUGAAAGGCUCCAUCGGUCCAAGCUUGAUAUGUCAAGUGCAAGCUCUUCACUUUUUAGCUGCUCUGAUGAGGGAUCUUCCUGGAGCGCUGAGAGCAUCAAAGACUCUGCUACCACCGAGGAUUUCACCGAAUCAAUAAAUGGUGAACCAGGUCUUAUAAACUGUAAUAGCCCUGAUCUGAGAUUCUCAGAAGAUUUGGACGGAUUCCUUUUCCCACCAAACUCAAACGGGACAAUAUCAGAGUCACCUGAUCUCAGUCCCAUGGAUUCAAGAAUGGUGAAGGGGAUUGGAAGCAAUGGAGAAGUUGAUCUCCAGGGAAUUGAAAAUCCAUCAUUUUUGUACUCUACUAAACAAUUUAGGCAUUUAACAGAACAAUGCAGCAGUAGUCAUACUAACUGGGUUAGCUCCAGUGAGGUCAGGCCUAGUGUAUUAUUGAAAAGGUCGAGUAGGGAUACAACUGUCCGAACAUUUUAUUAUUAGUCAGGUUUGGGCUUGAAAA